CUAUGAGCUCUUGGAGGUCAGGGACUUUCUUUCGCCUUUCCUUGCAUCCCAGCACUUAGCUCAGUGCCUAGCACACCUUUGGUGCUUAAUAAAUAUGUUUGUUUUUCUAACUGACUGCUCUGACAAGUCAGUGUGAGACUACACAGAGUGACUUUGGGGUGACCCCCCAUCCAUGGACCUGCCAGUCCUUUUUUCUAAGAAAGCGUUCACCAUGCCAAAGCAUCGUGUGACUGAUCCCCAUGGAAGUUGUGGAGUGUCAAAGUGUCUGUGAAUUUCAUCUCAGGAAGGUCUUUGUAUAAUUUCUCUGCCACUGCCUCCUCCUCUGGGAGAGAUAGUACACAGCAGACACUUAAUAAAGGCUUUCAUAAAGGCCAGACAGAUGGUUAACGUUUGGAGAGUUGAUGCCUAACAAGCCCCAGGGAGCUGGGAAGAGAAUGCCCGGCUGCCCCAGGUGGGGAACCCCAUCCUUAGGCCCUGAAAGAACUGCCCGCAGUGGUAUCUGAGCCCAUCAGGGAUCCUGAAAGAUCAUAUUGGUGAAUGAGACAGGCAUGGCUGAACUGGAGGAAGUUAUCCCAGAGCACAGAAGAGUGGAAGAGAAUGGAAUCUGAAAUCUGCAAGCCAGGCACUGUGACCAGAGAUUUGGUGAGGUGGCGCAAUGGGCAAGGGCCUUCUUUCCCCUCUCCUUUUAGUUUUUUGUUACAAGGGAAGCCUCUCUGGCUAGGAGAGGAGAGUGAGCAUAUUUGGGAAAUGAAAUCAGAGAAAACACAAAAAUGGAAUUUUUGAAGAAGGAAACAGCAAUCCCAAAGAGCCAGUGUGGCUUCAUCAGAAACACAGCAUGUCACACUAACCUUACUUCCUUUUUAGAUAGGGUUACUAGGCUGGUAGAUUCAGAACUUGUUCAAUGGCUGGACCCAAAAACUAGUCAUAGUUUGAUGUUAUAGCUGAGAGAGAUCUAGAGCGGAGUGCCCCAGGGAUCUGUGCUGUUGAACAUUCUUUAACAGAACUUUGCACUCAGUAGGGGCUUAAUAAACCCUUAUUCAAUUGAAAUGGAUCAAACAAGGAGCAAUAUCAGGUCUCAUCUCUCCACAAAAGCAUUAAGGCAGGGGCCUCGGAGCACAUCUGUUCUAUUCCACUGGAUGGACAAUCUUCUCAGAAAUACAGAUUUCUAAAAGUUCGGAGGAAUGGCAAGCAUGACCCCAUAAACAUCUAAAGAUCUCUCAAGGGCUGGCAAGCCCCGAGUCCCACAAGUCUGAUGAAGAUGAAAAGUGAGUGGGGACGACGGAAGGACGUCUGCAUGUGGGCAGUGAGCAUCGAGAGGAGAGGGCAGCACGGGCAUUGGUCCUCCUUCCCUGGGUGGAGGACAGAGGGGCACAAGGCCUGGGCCCCACUGACCUCUGGCCUCACACACACCUGACCCAUGCACCAUGCCCAGGACCCGGCCAGGGAUGCUGAUGGCAAGAGUGGCCCCCUGGGGGCUGGUACUCUGACAUGGACUCCCAGGCCCGAGGGAGGGCCAUGGGCCCUCCUGUCUGGUAGCUUGAGGGCACUGUCUGGAUGUGUUUAGACUGCCCAAGGCCUGCUCAGGGGUGCCUGUGAGCACAGAGCAGGGGAGGGGGGCUUUUCUCACCUCCCCUUUCCGGACAUGAAGAAAGACAUUGAGGCUUUGGUAGCAGAGGAAAGAGCUGAGAUCAUUGCCAGGUACCAGAAGGGCAGACAGCAUGGAGCUCAGAUUGACCCUUGGGAGGAUGCAGACUUUGCCCUCUACAAAGUCACAGACAGAUUUGGGUUUCUGCAUGAGAGUGAACUGCCAAGCCACAGUGCCUUGGAGGAGAAGCAAAAACUCCAGGAGAUCGAGCGGGUAGGCAAGUGGCUGAAGAUGCUGAAGAAGUGGGAUAAAUAUUACAAUAGUGAGAAGAUGGCUCGAAGGGUCUACAAGGGCAUCCCCCUGCAGGUGCGGGGCCAAGCCUGGUCCCUCCUCCUGGAAGUGGAGAAAGUGAAGACAGAAAACCCUGGCAAGUAUGAGGAGAUGAAGGAGAAAGCCCAGAGCUUCUCUUCUGAGAUCAGACAGAUUGACCUGGACAUCAACCGUACAUUUCGCAAUCAUAUCAUGUUUCGGGACCGCUAUGGAGUGAAGCAGCAAGCCCUGUUCCAUGUCCUGUCUGCCUACUCUGUCUACAACACGGAGGUUAGCUAUUGCCAGGGCAUGAGUCAGAUCGCCGCCAUCCUGCUGAUGUACCUGAAUGAAGAGGAAGCCUUCUGGGCACUGGCCCAGCUGCUGGCCAACCAGAGGCACGCGAUGCAUGGCUUCUUCGUGCCUGGAUUCCCCAAGCUGCAGCGUUUCCAAGACCACCAUGAGCAGAUCCUUGGGAAGGCCUUGCCCAAGCUGAAAAAACACAUGGACAAAGAGCAGAUGUUCACAGGCAUUUAUACCACGAAGUGGUUCCUGCAGUGUUUCAUUGACCGGACCCCAUUCACCCUCACCCUGCGCCUGUGGGAUGUGUACAUCUUGGAGGGCGAGCGAGUUCUCACCGCCAUGGCCUAUACAGUUCUCAAGCUGCACAGGAGUAAGGACUGGGCUGGUGAUGGACCCCCUCCCCAGACUUGGGGGGGGAGGGGGGGAGAGAAUGGAUUUUCAAAACGCCUGCUCAAGAUGUCCCUGGAGGACCUCAGAGAGUUUCUGCAGGAGAAGUUGGCCAGCCCCUGGCCCCAUGAAGAUGAUGCUGUAUUGGAUCAUUUGCAGGCAUCCAUGGCUGAACUGCGCAGGAUGAAAUGCGAGCUGCCCCCCCCAGCCAAAGUGGAAGAGCUCCCCAAGAAGCCUCUGGGAGUGGAGUUCUCCCUGGGCCUGGUGAUCAAUGGGCAGGGCAAGGCAGCUCCUACCAGGAGCCCCUCCCCAAGCCCAAAGAUGCCUAGUCAGCAGACUUCGCUCCCAGAAGAUGGGCCCUCUCCCCAGCCCCAGGAGCCCCAGCCAUUGGGCAGCCCAGAACGGACCCCCCCUCAGGACAGCCAGGACCUAGAUGAGGCCUGUCUGAGGCCCAGGCCUCCACCCUUCUCUCCUCUGCAGCAAGAGGCUGAGGCCCAGUCCCCAGGCCUGCACCACAAUACCCCAGCCUCCCCUGAAGAGGCGUGGCCGGGAGGGGGCAUCCCCUCUGAGUCGGAUGCGGCCCUGUUCCCUCCACCCCCAUCCCCUGAAGAGCUGCUCCCUCUGGAAAAUGUCCUUGAUGAGAACGCCUAUCCCAAUGGCCCUCCCCCUCCCAGCACCACUGAUCAGUCUGGCCUGCUUGACCUGGGGCCCAGGAGUGGGCCUCCCCAGCACUAUAAUAUUCCUGAGGAGGCUGAGGGGCUGGGGCCAGGCAGUGACCUCCUGCCCAGGCAUUGGGCCAGCAUGCCCAGCCUUGACAUUCCUGUGCCCUCCUCCAUGUCUCUGGGCACGCUCCCCUGUGGCCUCUUCAGGAGCAGCACCAGCCUAUGCAGGGCCCAGGUCAGCAAGGACUCAGGGCCAGGGGCCUGUGGUGCUUCAGUGGGGAGGGAGCAGAGGCUCCAGGAAGGAGCUGGUCUCCUGCUGCCCCCAGCCCAUCCCAGACAGUCUCCCCAAGAGGAGGCCCCUUCCCCACAGGGCAGCUGUCAGAUGGGGCUUACCCCAGGGCCAUUUUGAGGGAUGCUCUGCACCCUGGGGUACAGGCCAGGCCUCACUGGCCCUGGAUGGGAGGCAAGGGAGCCUGGAAAUGCAGGGCAGGGCCCAAGUGCCCCAAACCCAUCCAGAGAGGUCAGGGCUCUCUGCCAUAGGGCAAACUGCACAGGGUCUGUCAGAGAGCAGGAUCUGAAUUGGACACAAAUGGUCAGAGCUGGGCAGUUGGGCAGUUCCCCUGCCAAGGCCAGAGGGGAAGGGGAUGUCAGGCCCGCCCCCAAGAAUAUGGGCAGACCUGUCAGACAGUAAAGGCGUCUACACCAAGGA